GUUUGUUUGUUUGUUUAGCGUAACGUGUUUUUUUAAGCAUAAAAACGUAUUAAAUUGUUAAACUUACACGUUAUACCCGUGUGUCGCUUUUUAAACCCGACUGAACAUGUACUUCCGGUCCCGGCGAUGACGUAAUCCCGCAUCUCAGUGCUGUAUAACAGCAUCAGUACCGAAGCAGCAGCACCGCAGGAUCCGCAGAAUAAACGAAUUAUUUCAUCGUUUCAAGGCUUCGGACGCCGGAGUCACGGUGCUGCGACAUGGACGAGCAAAAGGAGUCUCUCCAAAAAAUUGUCAACACGUUGGCACUGAAAAAUGAGGAGAUCCAGAACUUCAUCUGCUGCCUGAAGCAAAAUCUGCAGAACCUGGAGGCGAACUCCACCCGUGUUCAGGAGGACCUGGAGUCAGAGUUCAGCUCUCUGCAUGCUGUUCUGGAUGAGCUGAAGGAGGGAAUGGUGACCCGAAUCAAGCAGGAACGAGCCAGUCGCACUUAUGAGUUACAGAAUCAGCUGAGCACCUGUACAAAAGCCCUGGAGAGUUCUGAGGAGCUGCUGGAAACGGCCAAUCAGACGCUCUGCUCGUCCGAGACGGACGGCUUCGCUCAGACAAAAAGCAGUAGAACACAAUGCAGCACGAGUCCUGUUACCAUGGCCCCAGCCUUUCGUAUCUCUCUAAAAGCUAAAGCGAGUGACAGUAUGAGUCACCUGAUGGUAGACUUCACUCAGGAGCGAGAGAUGCUUCAGGCCAUCAAAUUUCUCCCAGUUCCUGCUACUCCGGAGAUCGUGGAGUCGGAGUGUCAGGUGUAUGAUAACUCCGUCACGGUGCUGUGGACUUUACCAGAACCAGACUCUAAAAUUGACCACUACAUUGUUGAGUACCGGCGAACGAACCACGAGGGACCUCCGCGUGCUCGUGAGGAGCAUCCGUGGAUGGUGGUGGAGGGGAUUAAAGAGACCCAGUACACGCUCACAGGUCUUCGCUUUGACACACGCUACAUGACGUUUCGGGUGAAGGCAUGCAAUAAAGCUGUAGCGGGAGAGUUCUCUGAGCCGGUUACUCUGGAGACAUCUGCGUUUGUGUUUAAGCUGGACUCGGGUUCGGCUCACCAGAACCUAAAGGUAGAGGACCUGAGUGUGGAGUGGGACAGCAGCGGUGGGAAAACGGCCAUCCAGGACAUCCGCAAGGAAAAGAACAGGACCGGCUCUCCUAUGCACUCUCCGGCCAGGACGGCCAUGAUGUCUCCAAAGAGAGCGCCGUCAGCGCGGGUGGGUCGAGACCGCUUCACGGCCGAGUCCUACACCGUCCUGGGUGACACCAUAAUCGAUUCAGGGCAUCACUAUUGGGAGGUUCGGUUCGAUAAAGAGAGCAAGGCCUUUGCCGCGGGCGUGGCACUGCGUUCUCUCGGCCGAUUCGAUCAGCUCGGGAAGAGCAGCGCCUCCUGGUGCAUCCAUCUCAACAACUGGCUGCAGCAGAACCUCAGCGCCAAGCACAACAACAAGGCCCGUACCCUGGAGUGCCCCAUCCCAGAGCGCAUGGGUAUCUACUGCAACUACGACGAUGGCACGUUGUCUUUCUACAACGCCAAAACCAAGACACUCCUGCAUACCUUUAGGACCAAGUUCCAGCAGCCGGUUAUUCCAGCUUUUAUGGUGUGGAACGGCAGCUUCUCGGUUCAGACAGGUCUGCAGGUUCCCACCAUAGUGCAGUGUGGCCAGAAAAGGAGCAGCAACGCCAGCAGCUCCAACGCCAGCCUCACCUAGACCUCCACUCGCCAUCCUCCACUCGUCUUCCUCCACUGCUUUGUAGAACUGUUGCCUGUCACUCAGGCUCUUGGAGGCCGCGGGAUGUACCCAUGUUUUCGCCCCGGUGUCUGGAAAUGGAGAGAAUAAAGAAUAAAGAAGCUCCAGCGCUUUGUGCCUUUCAGCCUUCUCAUUUCAUCCAUAAAUGCAGACGUCCACACAGCAGUGUGAUUAAUUACAGUGCAGCUUAAUUACAGUUCUGUCAAAUGCUCUUGUGUUUCUCAUGACAAACGUGAGGUGACAUUUAGGCUGUUUAAGAUUUGACACAAGAAUGUGUGAGAUAAAUUGACAAAGGUUUAUGGGUUAAAUCGUGAAUGUGAGAGUAUUUUACGAGUGAAUGUUAUGUUAGUGUGAAUGUGAAAGCGUUUUCUUAAAGAAUGUGGAGUUUGUGUGUGAUUGCAAAUGUAUGUUGUGAUAAAAUGCAUGUGUUUGUGUGAAUGCGGGUUAUUUUUCUGAUUGAAUGUGAGUGUGUGUGUGUACCUGGCAGGGGCAAUACCAUGAUCAAGGAUGUGGUUUGCCCAAAGCGAGGCUCAGCCAUUGCACUCAGGCUGUGCUGACCUUUGCGAAUUUCCCAAAUGGGGGAAUAUCGACUGCAUAAUUUCUGAUAGUGGGGGACUGCGUUUGCGCUCUCCCCUGUUUUUAUUUUUAGAGUCUGAGGGCAGUCUUGGCCUAAUGGUUAGAGAGUCUGACUUCUAACCCGAAGGUUGUGGGUUUGAGUCUCGGGCCGG